UUUAAGACCAGCCCACGACUGUGUCCGCUCAUUCAUUCACAGUUCGCUGUUGAGGUGUGUGCUCUGAACAACUCGAUAGAAUGGCAGAAACAGCUCCAGCUGCGGCAGCGGCGCCGGUAAAGGCCACCAAGAAGAAAGCACCCAGGGCAAAGAAAACUGGGCCGAGUGUUGCCGAGCUCAUCGUUAAAGCCAUUUCGGCAUCCAAGGAGAAGAAGGGAGUUUCUCUGGCUGCCCUGAAAAAGGCUUUGGCUGCUGGUGGAUACGAUGUGGAAAAGAACAACUCUCGUGUGAAGUUGGCAAUCAAGAGCCUGGUUACCAAGGAGACGCUGGUCCAGAUCAAAGGAACGGGUGCGUCCGGUUCCUUCAAGCUGAACAAGAAACAGGCAGAGCCGAAGAAGCCAGCGGCCAAAGCCAAGAAGCCAACUGCGACUAAGAAACCCAAAAAAGCAGCAGCUAAGAAGCCAGUGGCCGCCAAGAAGUCUCCGAAAAAGGUCGCGUCCAAGAAGGUCGCGCCCAAGAAGGCCACAAAGAGUCCCAAGAAGGCUAAAAAGGCUGUUACACCCAAGAAGGCAGCGAAGAGCCCUAAGAAGGCCACAAAGGCUGUCACACCCAAGAAGGCUGUCACACCCAAAAAGACAGCUAAGAGCCCCAAGAAGGUUAAGGCAGCUAAACCCAAGGUGGCCAAACCUAAAACUGUUAAACCCAAGAAGGCUGCUCCUAAGAAGAAGUAAAUGUUGCAUGCCACGAGCUGGUCAUUGUAAAAAAAAAAGAAAAAGGGUUCUUUUAAGAGCCACCCAAAAAUUCUUUAGAAUGCAUCUACUUCGAGAACUGUUCCAAACCAGAGGUUACUGUUUCCUACAUAUUUUCUUUGAGAUAUUGAACGCCCGAUGAUGUUUAAUGGCAUUACAAACUACAGUAUGUCAACAAUUUCCCCGAAUACUCCCAAGUAGCUGUAUCCAAUAUAUAGGCUAUCCAAAUUUAAGUAAUUAAGAUAACAUAAUUAUGGCCAGAUUAAAAUCACGAAACUGACAGUUAAUUCAACUGAAAAUAAACACUUGUGAGCAGAGUUCUCAGUUUAUCACCUUGUUGCGCGUGAAACAGGACUAUAUUUAUUGAUGAAUUAUGUAACACA